AUGAGGAAUCACACUCCAGUAACCGAGUUCCUCCUCAUGGGAAUCCCUCACACACAGGGGCUGGAACACGUGCUCUUUGUCUUCUUCCUCGCCUUCUAUCUGCUCACUCUUGUGGGGAACCUGCUCAUUCUCCUGGCCACCCUCACUUCCUCCAACCUCCACACCCCCAUGUAUUUCUUCCUGGGCAACCUGUCAGUGUUUGACAUCUUUUUCCCUUCUGUGAGUUCCCCCAAAAUGAUGCUCUACCUACUGGGGCAAAGCCGGACUAUCUCUUACCAGGGCUGCGCCUGCCAGCUCUUCUUUUAUCACUUCCUGGGCUGCACGGAGUGUUUCCUGUACACUGUGAUGGCCUAUGACCGCUUUGCCGCCAUCUGUCACCCCUUGCGGUACACGGCCAUCAUGAACCCCAGGGUGUGUGCCAUCUUGACUCUGGGCACCUGGAUGGGGAGCAGUGUGCAUGCGUCUGUCCUCACAUUUCUUGUGUUUAAGUUACCUUACUGUGGCCCCAAGGAGGUGGGCAAUUUCUUCUGUGACAUCCCGGUGGUGCUGUCCCUGGCCUGUGCAGACACCUCUCUAGCUCACAGGGUGAGUGUCACCAACGUAGGUGUUGUGGCACUCCUGUGUUUCCUUCUUGUCCUCACUUCUUAUACUCGCAUUGUUAUCUCUAUAUUGAGAAUCAGCUCCUCAGAAGGGAGGCACAGGGCCUUCUCCACCUGCAGUGCCCACCUGACUUCUGUCCUGCUCUUCUAUGGACCUGUGAUCCUCAUUUAUCUCCGGCCUGCCUCCAGCCCUUGGCUGGAUUCUGUGGUUCCGUUGUUCAAUAAUAUUGUUAACCCUUCCCUGAAUCCUUUGAUAUACAGCUUGAGAAACAAGGAUAUGAAGUUGGCUCUGAGAAAAGCACUAAUCCGAGUACAUACUUGUGGACCAUAA